AUGAAGCUUGCCGUGGAGGUCGCGGACGCGGCGGAGCUGUCCGCCAAGGACGGCGCGGCCGGCUGCAACGCGUUCGUGGAGGUGGAGUUCGACGGGCAGCGCCAGCGCACGGCCACCCGGCCCGGCGAUCUCUCCCCGCAGUGGAACGAGACGCUCGUCUUCGACGUCCGCGACCCGGCCCGCCUCGCCGCCCUCACCGUCGACGUGUCUGUCCAGCACGACCGCAGCCUCAACGACCACAACGCGCUCCGCCCCCACGUCUUCCUCGGCCGCGUCCGCGUCUCCGGCGAGUCCGUCGCUCGCUCGCCCGACGAGGCCUUCCUGCAGCGCUUCCCGCUGGAUAAAAGAGGGCUCUUCUCCCGCGUCUCCGGGGACAUCGCGCUCCGGCUCUACCUCGUCCCCGACGGGCGGGACGGCGAUCGCGUCGCGCAGGACCAUGCUGCUGCUGCUCCGGCCAUGGACACGGGCGGUGGUCAGCAGCAGAACCAGCAGCAGCCUUCCCAGUCCGCCGCCGCCAGCUUGGACCCCGAGAGGAUGGUCCGGAACGUCUUCUCUGGCGAGGCGCCCGCAGGAGCCGCAGCUGCCUCUGCCUCGGGAGGGCCGGCGGCAGAGACCAAGGGGAAGAGCGGCCACGACACACGCGAGUUCCGCUCCAUUCCGGCCUCGUCAGGUGGUGGUGGCAACGAGCCUCGGCGCCACACGCUCCACGCCAUGGCGGCGCCGCCCCCGCCAGCGGGGCAGACGGUGGUCGUGCCGAAGCCCGCCGGGCCUGCCCAGGCAGCGCCCCCGGGCUCGCAGUACGGCCUCACCGAGACGAAGCCCCCGCUGCCGGCCAAGAUGGGGCCGCGCUCUGGGACGGCCAAGAUCGCGUCCACCUACGACAUGGUGGAGCCGAUGUCGUACCUCUACGUGACUGUGGUGAAGGCGCGCGACCUGCCCUCCAUGGACCUCACCGGCGCGCUGGACCCGUACGUGGAGGUGAAGCUGGGCAACUUCAAGGGCGUCACGCGGCACCUGGAGAAGAACCAGAACCCGGUGUGGCGGCAGACGUUCGCCUUCUCCGGCGCCCACCUGCAGGCCAGCCAGCUCGAGGUCAUCGUCAUGGACAAGGACACGCUCCGCGACGACUUCGUCGGCCGCGUCGUCUUCGACAUGUCCGACAUCCCCAGCCGCCUGCCGCCCGACAGCCCGCUCGCGCCGCAGUGGUACAGCCUCGCCGACGCCCACGGCGAGCGGUUCCGGCACGGCCACCCCCUCGGCGAGAUCAUGCUCGCCGUCUGGAUCGGCACGCAGGCCGACGAGGCGUUCCCGGAGGCGUGGCACUCGGACGCGCACUCGCUCUCGCGGGAGGGGCUCACCAACACGCGCUCCAAGGUGUAUUACUCGCCCAAGCUCAUCUACCUCAAGGUCUCCGUCAUCGCGGCGCAGGACCUGAUCGCCGCCGACAAGGGCCGGCCGCUGGCGCCGACCAUCGCCAAGAUACAGAUGGGCAGCCAGAUCAGGCGGACGCGGCCGGGGCAGCCGCAGGGGUCGGCGAACCAGGCGUGGAACGAGGAGUUCAUGUUCGUGGCCAGCGAGCCGUUCGAGGACCCGCUGGUGGUGACCGUGGAGGAGAAGGUCGCCGCCGGGCGCGACGAGCCCAUUGGCCGCAUCAUCAUCCCCGUGGCGUCGCCGUACGUGCCGCGCAACGACCUUGCCAAGUCUAUACCAUCCAAGUGGUUCAACCUGUCGCGCGGCAUGACGGUGGACGAGGCGGCGGCGGAGGCGACGACGGGGACCAAGCACCGGGAGCACUCCAAGACCUUCGCCAGCAAGAUCCACCUCAGGAUGAGCCUGGAGACGGCGUACCACGUGCUGGACGAGUCCACGCACUACAGCAGCGACCUGCAGCCGGCGGCGAAGAAGCUGCGGAAGAGCGCCAUCGGCGUGCUGGAGGUGGGCAUCCUCAGCGCGCGCGGCCUCGGCGGCAACAAGAGCGCCUACUGCGUGGCCAAGUACGGGUCCAAGUGGGUGCGCACGCGCACGCUGCUGGGCACCGCCGCGCCGGCGUGGAACGAGCAGUACACCUGGGAGGUGUUCGACCUGAGCACCGUCAUCACCGUCGCCGUGUUCGACAACAACCACCUCCACCAUAGCGACGGAAAGGACCAGAGGAUCGGCAAGGUGCGCGUCAGGCUCGCCACCCUCGAGUCCGACCGCGUGUACACGCACUACUACCCGCUCAUGGCGCUGACCCCCGGCGGGCUGAAGAAGACCGGUGAGCUCCACCUGGCCGUCCGGUUCACGUGCACGGCGUGGGCCAACAUGCUGGCGCAGUACGGGCGGCCGCUGCUGCCCAAGAUGCACUACAGCAACCCCAUCUCCGUGCUCCAGCUGGACUACCUCCGGUUCCAGGCGAUGCAGAUGGUGGCGACGCGGCUGGGGCGGUCGGAGCCGCCGCUGCACCGGGAGGUGGUGGAGUACAUGCUGGACGUGGACUCGCACAUGUUCAGCCUGCGGCGGAGCAAGGCCAACUUCUACCGCAUCACGUCGCUCUUCUCCGGCGUGGUCGCGGUCGGCAAGUGGUUCGACGGCAUCUGCAAGUGGAAGAACCCGCUGACGACCAUACUGGUGCACGUUCUGUUUCUGAUACUGGUGUGCUACCCGGAGCUGAUCCUGCCGACGGUGUUCCUGUACCUGUUCAUGAUCGGGGUGUGGAACUACCGGCGGCGGCCGCGGAAGCCGCCGCACAUGGACACGGUGCUGUCGCACGCGGAGCAGGCGCACCCGGACGAGCUGGACGAGGAGUUCGACACGUUCCCGACGUCCAAGCCGUCGGACGUGGUGCGGAUGCGGUACGACCGGCUGCGCAGCGUGGCCGGCCGGGUGCAGACGGUGGUGGGCGACCUGGCCAUGCAGGGGGAGCGCGCGCAGUCGCUGCUCAGCUGGCGCGACCCCAGAGCCACGGCCAUCUUCAUCACGCUCUCCCUCAUCGUCGCGGUCGUGCUCUACAUCACGCCGUUCCAGGUGGUGGCCGUGGUCUUGGGGCUCUACAUGCUCCGCCACCCCCGCUUCCGGAGCAAGCAGCCGUCCGUGCCAUUCAACUUCUACAAGCGCCUCCCCGCCAAGGGUGACAUGCUCCUAUGUUUUUGCAUAGGGUUAUCUAAAUUAAUUACAGUACAUAUAUAUUCACUACUACUACUACUACACUACACUACACUACACAAUCGAUCACUUUUGUCUGUGUGA